GAAGUGGCGACGCCUACGGUGCAACGCAUCCGGAAGUGCUGCAAUACCAAUUCGGCUUGUGGGAAGAACGUUCUUACUGACUAUUGUUGAGUAAAUGGCUGUUUUUUGGAAACGGUUGACAUAUAUGUAAAUCGCGAAACGACAGGGAUAUUCCACAGCUGUUUUGCACGCUUUCGGUCGGUAAACAUUCGAUUUUUCUUCCUCGCUAUUUAGACCGUAGUCAUCUGUCAGGUAGGCUUUUAUAACUGCUUGUCAAUCAACCAGCCGCCGAUUGCAAUGGAAGCCGAAGCCCCGGCCUCCGAAGACCCCGGGAGGAAGCGUCGGGUGCACGGCAUGUUGAAGCUCUACUACGGGCUUAACGAAGAAGGAAAGGCAGACGAAGAGUCACAGUCCCUGGAUCCCUGUGACAUCAACGGGCCUCAUUUUGACCCAGAGCACUACCUAAACAAGCUUCGAAAAGAAUGCUCUCUUGCCGAGCUGAUGGACCAGGAGACCUGCAUGGUCAAGCAGAUUCGUUCAUUGGAUAGUGACAUGCAGACCCUGGUAUAUGAAAACUACAACAAGUUUAUAUCAGCUACAGACACCAUAAGGAAGAUGAAGAAUGAUUUCAAAAAGAUGGAGGAUGAAAUGGACUGCCUGUCUGCAAACAUGGCAGCAAUAACUGAUUUUAGUGCUAGCAUCAGUGGUACCCUUGAAGACCAGCAUGCUCAGAUUACAAAACUCUCAGGGGUCCACACUUUGUUAAGAAAGUUGCAGUUUCUGUUUGAACUGCCUGCCAGAUUAAACAAAUGCUUAGAACUGCAAGCCUACUCUCAAGCAGUGAAUUCCCAUCGCCGUGCUCGGUGUGUGCUGCAGCAAUACAGCCACAUGCCUUCCUUCAAGGGCAUCCAGGAUGACUGUCAUGCCAUCAUGGACAAACUGGCGCAGGAGCUUCGGCAAAAGUUCAGGGACGGUGGCUCGAGUGCUAAAGACCUGUCCGAGUGCGUGGAGCUGCUGUUGCAAUUGGAUGAGCCAGCAGAGGACCUGUGUGAGAAAUACCUGAACCAUGCGGGCUCUCGCCUGGAGUUGGACCUGCAAAGCCUGGAAGCUGAGAUAAGACCCAGCCCGCCCGGACCAGCCGUGAAAGAUUCUUCCACACGGAGGCCAUCGCCUAGCGUCACUGCUCGCUCGCCACCCGACGGCACUGCCAAAACGAGCGCUCUGCCUUCUCCCUCCUCGAACACCGACAUCCUGGAGUUCAUCGACAGAGGCUGCAAUGAAUUUGUCAGCAGCUUGUGUUUAGUAAUUACAUCAUAUCAAGAACUUUUCGUCAACCAUGCUCAGAAAGGCGAGCUAGCAUCCAAGAAUAUUCCUCAGAUGGCAAACAGCAAGCUGCACGCCUUCGUGGAUGAUCUGGCCGCUCGGUAUUUUUCGCUUGUGGAACGAAGGAUCAAGGAGGAAAAAGGGGUCGCCGAUAACUCCCUCUUGGUCCGCGCCCUUGACCGAUUUUUCCGCAGACUCCAGGCUAUAUCCAAGCUGCUGCCGGGCUCCUCCGUGCCGCAACAAGGCACAGAGAUUGUGGUUCGCGCUGCAACCGAGCGAGUCAAGCAGUAUCUCGCUGCUCUCCAGAGCUUUUACACGGACAGCUUGACAGACGUGAGGCAGGCCCUAGCGACACCUCGCCUCUCGCUGGCUGCUCCGGGGGGCGGCUCUCAUUUUGGAGGCCCGGCCUCAGGCAGAGAUGGUGCAGGUAGCCUUCCGGAGCUGCUCUCCUCCCUGUCAGCUUCCAUCUUAAAUCAAAUCAAGUCCGUGUUGGCAUCGGUGCAUCUGUUCACAGCCAAGGAUAUUACUUUUUCCAACAAGCCAUACUUUAAGGGGGAAUUCUGCUGCCAGGGUGUUCGUGAGAGCCUGAUUGUGGGUUUCAUCAAGUUUGUGUGUCAGUCUUCUCGUCAGUUUUGUGAGAGUGCAGGAGACAAAGGAGGGUCCACCCCGCCAGCCCUCCUGUUGCUCCUUUCUCGACUCUGCUUGGACUAUGAAACCUCUACAAUCUCUUACAUACUCACUCUGACUGACGAACAGUUUCUGGCACAGCACCACAAUCCAGUAACGGCCGUCACUGCUCUAUGUGCAGAAGCCAGGGAGGCAGCACAGAAACUACUGAACCACUACGUCAAGGUCCAGGGUCUAAUUAUUUCCCAGAUGCUUAGAAAGAGUGUCGAAACACGAGACUGGGUCAACACUAUCGAGCCCCGGAAUGUGCGUGCGGUGAUGAAGAGGGUUGUAGAGGACACCACCUCGAUUGAUGUGCAGGUGGGUCUUUUGUAUGAGGAAGGUGUGAGGAAAGCGCACAGUAGUGACUCAAGCAAAAGGACUUUCUCGGUCUACAGCAGCUCAAGGCAGCAAACUCGCUACGCCGCUAGCUACACACCAAGUGCUCCCAUGGAUACCAAUCUCUUGAGCAACAUACACAAGCUAUUUUCUGAACGCAUUGACAUCUUCAGCUCAGUGGAGUUCAAUAAGGUCUCCGUGAUGACGGGAAUCAUCAAAAUCAGCUUAAAGACAUUCCUGGAGUGCGUCCGGCUGCGCACUUUUGGUCGCUAUGGGCUGCAGCAAAUCCAGGUUGACUGCCACUACCUGCAGAUGUACUUAUGGCGUUUUGUGUCUGACGAGAACCUUGUACAUUUCCUGCUGGAUGAGAUCGUCGGGAGCUCCGCCCACCGCUGCCUAGAUCCCGCUCCGAUGGAGCAGAGCGUCAUUGAAGUUAUCUGUGAACGAGGUUAAAAAAGGUUAAAAGUGUACCACCGAAUUGUUAAUCGGAGCAUGCACAUAACCACUGGAUGUUAUCAACACUGGAAUCUUACUGUUUUGUUCGUGUACUACGAAAUGUUCGUUAUAGCAUGAAAACAUUCAUGAAAGCAUUCAUAACAUCAGUGUGUUAAUACAGUAAAACAGUCCUUAUAAGACAAAUCGAACUCCCACGACAUCAAUAAAACACUAAGCAAACGCUAUAAGUUCAAUCAGUACAAAACUUCUUGUUAGGAUUUUUUUUCUCAUACAGUUGCAAUAGGUACUCCAAACACUUCAACUGAAUUUUAGACUAGACAGCCUGAAACUGAAACCAUGUUCAAUAGAGUAUUAACAUAUGAGGUUGGUUCUGCAAUCUGAUGACUAAAUGAAAGAUAAGGAAGUAGACCAUUUUUAAUAUAUCUUUUUACAAACCAUGUUUGGCAUUUAGUUAACAUCACUGUCAAUUAAUCUGCAGUGUUCGCACGCUUUACAACAGUUUGCUUUAUAUUUAGUACAUAUUCAUGAUUCAAAUGCAGAUUUAAUGUAUAAAUAAAUGUGUUGCAAUCUU